AUGCUGGAGCACGAGCCCGGAGGCACCGACAGGCGAAGGGUCCAGCAGAUCACCGCGGCGGGGAUGAAGAUCCAGCAGCCGGGCAUGUGCAGCGGCGGCGGCUGCGGCGGCGGGGCCGACCACGGCGGGUGUAAAGGCGGGGACGGUGGCUGCGACCGCGGCGUGUCCCUGCAGCGGCCCCCCGAGGAGGGGGCACCGGGGGUACCGGGGGGGCAAGGCAGCCCGCGGGCAAUCGCCGGGCGCCUCUCGUCAGGUUCCGCAGACCGUGAGCUCAGCAGCGGCAGCUACAACGCCUCCACAGGAACCUUCUACAGCUGUGUCAGUCAGAUCACCAUCGGCUUCGACGGCGGGGGUCAGAUGGCCAUCGGGAUCUCCCAUUGGAGCAGCCCGUUUCCCGCCGCCGCCGGCCGCGCGCUGCCCAGCCCCGACUGCGUCCACUCCGAGGCCACCUCCGUCCCGCCAAUCAGCGGCGACCCCGAGCACCUGUCAUGUCCCGCCUCCCUGUCAAUCACCCCGCUGCCCUCGCUGAGUGCCAGUCAGGAGACCCUCCACGACACCAACACCAGUGUGAGUUUGUCCCUCCAUGGGUCGGACCCCCGCUGGCAGAGCCCCCAGCGCUGCCGAGCGGCCCUGCGCCCCUCCACCUCCUCCUUCACCUCGUCCCGGGGGCCCGACGCCCGCGGCCCCUCCUUCCUCACCCGCGGCUGGGCCGACAUCAUGGAGGAGGCCUCCGCAGGGGGGACCCCCAACGGGGGCCUCACGCCCGGACAGGAGCCCCCACCCGUCGCUGUGAAGGACGUGCAGGUGGUCCUGGAGAGGGGGCCCCAGCGGGGCCACUCUGAGGGCCCCAGCAGCGCCUCCACGGGGGACGACUCCACGCUGCUCAACCCCGCCACACACAGCAGCCUCCUGGACGAGCACACGGGCAGCGAGCCCAACCUGGAGAGCGUGAGGAGCCGGUCCAGCGGCCUCUGCUUCAGCGACGGGAAGUGCCGCAUCGACUACAUCCUGGUUUACAAGAAGUCCAGCAACCAAUCGGAGAAGAGGGAGGUUUUCGAAAGGAACAUGCGUGCGGAGGGUUUGCACAUGGAGAAAGAGUCCUCGGUUACCAAUAGCGACGUGAUCUUCCUGAAGCUCCACGCUCCGUGGGACGUUCUGUGUCGCUACGCCGAGCUCAUGAACAUACGCAUGCCCUUCAGGAGGAAAAUCUUUUACAUGCACCGAAGACACAAGUUUAUGAGUCGGAUGGAGAAGAGGAUCAACAAGGUCCGCGGCUGGCUCCCACGCAAACCCAUGAAGUUCACCAGCGACACCCUGCCGGACCUGGAGGAGAACGAGAGCUUCACCGCCCCCUUCAGCCGCUCCAGGAUCCACCAUUUCAUCAUCCACAACAAGGACACCUUCUUCAACAACGCCACGCGCUCCCGCAUCGUCCACCACGUCCUGCAGAGGGUCAAGUACGAGGAGGGCAAGAACAAGAUCGGGCUCAACCGGCUGCUCAGCAACAAUUCAUACGAGGCAGCGUUUCCUCUGCACGAGGGCAGUUACCGGAGCCGGAACUCAGUGCGGACCCACGGGGCGGAGAACCACCGCCACCUGCUGUUCGAGUGCUGGGCCUGGUGGGGCGUGUGGUACAAGUACCAGCCGCUGGACCUCAUCCGGCGGUACUUCGGGGAGAAGAUCGGCCUGUACUUCGCCUGGCUGGGCUGGUACACGGGCAUGCUGUUCCCCGCCGCCCUGGUGGGUCUGCUGGUGUUCCUGUAUGGCGUGCUCACCCUGGACCACUGCCAGGUCAGUAAGGAGAUCUGCCAGGCGACAGACGUCAUCAUGUGCCCCAUUUGUGACCAGUACUGCCCCUACCUGAAGCUCUCUGACAGCUGCAUCUACGCCAAGGUGACUCAUCUCUUUGACAACGGAGCCACUGUGUUCUUCGCUGUUUUCAUGGCAGUUUGGGCCACGGUGUUCCUGGAGUUCUGGAAGCGGCGGCGGGCCACGCUGGCCUACGACUGGGACCUGAUCGACUGGGAGGAGGAGGAGGAGGAGAUCCGGCCCCAGUUCGAGGCCAAGUACUCCAAGAAGGAGCGGAUGAACCCCAUCUCGGGGAAGCCCGAGCCGUACCAGGCCUUCACCGACAAGUACAGCCGGCUGGUGGUCUCCGCCUCCGGGAUCUUCUUCAUGAUCCUGGUGGUGAUCGCGGCGGUCUUUGGCAUCGUGAUCUACCGCGUCAUCACCAUCAGCACCUUCGCCGCCUUCGGCUGGGCGCUGAUCCGGAACAACUCCCAGGUGGCCACCACCGGCACCGCCGUCUGCAUCAACUUCUGCAUGAUCAUGCUGCUCAACGUGCUGUAUGAAAAGGUGGCUAUCCUGCUCACCAAUUUAGAGCAGCCUCGCACAGAGUCUGAGUGGGAGAACAGCUUCACCCUCAAGAUGUUCCUCUUCCAGUUUGUGAAUCUCAACAGCUCCACCUUCUACAUCGCCUUCUUCCUCGGAAGGUUCACGGGUCGUCCGGGGGCAUAUCUACGCCUCAUUAAUCGCUGGAAACUGGAAGAAUGCCACCCCAGCGGCUGCCUCAUAGACCUGUGCCUGCAGAUGGGAAUCAUCAUGGUGCUGAAGCAGACCUGGAACAACUUCAUGGAGCUGGGCUACCCGCUGAUCCAGAACUGGUGGACGCGGCGGCGGCUGCGACGCGAACACGGACAGAAGGCCAAGGACGGCUUCCCCCAGUGGGAGCGGGAUUACAACCUGCAACCCAUGAACGUCUACGGGCUCUUUGAUGAGUACCUGGAGAUGAUCCUGCAGUUCGGCUUCACCACCAUCUUCGUGGCGGCCUUCCCCCUGGCGCCGCUGCUGGCGCUGCUGAACAACAUCAUCGAGAUCCGCCUGGACGCCUACAAGUUCGUCACGCAAUGGCGCCGCCCGCUGCCCUCGCAGGCCAAAGACAUCGGGAUCUGGUACGGCAUCCUGGAGGGGAUCGGCAUCCUGUCAGUCAUCACCAACGCCUUCGUCAUCGCCGUGACGUCCGACUUCAUCCCCCGCCUCGUCUACGCCUACAAGUACGGCCCGUGUGCCGGUCAGGGCCGCGCCGGGCAGCGGUGCAUGAUGGGAUACGUCAACGCCAGUCUGUCCGUGUUCCGCGUCGCCGACUUUGAGAAGAAGUCGGAGCCCUCGACCAACGGCUCGGAGAUGUUCGGAGACGCCGUCAAAUUCUGCAGGUACCGUGACUAUCGGGAGCCCCCAGUCUCGGCGGACCCCUACUCCUACACUCUGCAGUUCUGGCACGUUCUGGCAGCCAGGCUGGCCUUCAUCAUCGUCUUCGAGCACCUGGUGUUCGCCAUCAAGACGCUGAUCGCCUACCUGAUCCCGGACCUGCCCAAGGACCUGCGGGACCGCAUGCGGCGGGAGAAGUACCUGAUCCAGGAGAUGAUGUACGAGGCGGAGCUGGAGCGGCUGCAGAAGGAGAAGAACGAACGGAAGAGGAGGAAGGAGCGCAACGGCCACCACAAGGAGUGGCCCUGAGGGGGCGGGACCAGCGCUGAGCCGCUGCAGCGGCCCGGUCUCUUCCCAUUAGACCCACGGAGGACCAUGUAGUGGGAGGGGGUAGUUCCUGCAUGACGUCGCGUCCCUGGGCCCUCCUCGCGGCCCGUCUGACCAGGGGCCCGACUUUAAAAAAAGAUAAACAACGGGGGGUGGGGGGGGGGGGACAACUGCAUCCAGUGUGGUCUCUCACGGCCUCGCUCAACCACCCUGUGUUUGACGCCGCUGGCUACUAACGUCUCCUCACGGGAGAGAGGAUCCAAAAUGGACGCCUGGUUGAGUCGAUCACCGGGGCUAACUUCUUUGUCUUGGUUUUUUUUUCCUCGGACAGCUGCUAUUAAUUCAACAGUUUCUUCAUGUUGAGCUUAUCGUUUUUGGUGUGUUUUUAUUUGUUCACCCCAACCUGUCGUCUGUCCUCUCUUGCUGCUGCCUCGUAAGACUCAUUAACCUCAACCUGGAGCGCCUGAAUGUAAAGCGAGAAUAACUCUGACUCUUGUCUUUUACAUUUUUAAACCGAACUAACCGGGCUAACCCACCAGGGCUCGCUAACGCUACGCUAACUGAAUGAGAAGUUCUGUUUACAUCCUUCCCUUCGGUCGAGGAACGUGUAGGGUAGAAGCUGAUAGUGUUUCCUUUGUUGUAAAUAAAGAGAUAUAUUUAAGGGAAUGUCAGAUAGGCCAUUUUGUUCCUCUGUAGUGUAGUGCAAUAAAUAAAUAAAUUAACUCUAAUAAUAGAUUAUUCACGUUUAGAAAUGUGACUCAUCUAGAUCGUGGCAGGGGCCAUGAAAGCUUACACCUGCAUUGCCUUUCAUUAAAUUUAAAUUGAUGACCGCAGUAAUAAAUAAAGAAUAUUUAUUGUCU